GGAUGAAAAAUUUGGUUUGAAAAUUUUCUCAGUUGCAGGGCAAGUAACACAGGCAUUGAAUUCUCGCGCGAGUCCCAGGUAUGGUCAACUGUCUACUUCCAUCGGGAAAAGGAUGAGAGGUGGCAGAGAGGGUGGAGAGGGUGCAGGAGAGGAGGAGACGGAGCUAACUAGGAACGGGCUUAAAGUUCCAGCGACCGUUGAGCAAAGACCGGCGGAGCUGCGUAGUGGAGAGUUGGGUCGACCGCGGUGGAUAUUAGUGAGAUUGGGUGUCCGAUGGCUUUAGAGGAAGGAGAUGGCUCAUGCCCUUUUAGGAAAAAUAAUGGAGACAGCCCUUGCCGCAAGAAAGGCAUGCUCUACACGGAGUACCUACGCCUAGAUAGGCUUCUUUCAGCACAAAGGCCCCUUAGCGCAGAAUACAACAAACCUGUCCAUGACGAACACCUCUUUAUUAUCACCCAUCAAGGUAAAUCGUUACAUUUUGAAUCGUUAGAAGUAGAUACCAUUAGUUUUGAUAAGUUUUACAUAGUUACUCAUCAAAACAAAAUUUGA